CUCCAGAGCUAUUGGCAAUAGCUCUUGAUCUCCCUCAUACUGGUCUUUGAGCUGGCACAGACAGUGAGUUUGGGGAGCUGGGGUUUGAUCUUGUGGCUGCUUUGAAAUCUGUCAGUCGUGACAUAGGUCAAUACUUUCCAUCUCGUCUUGUUGCUGGUCGUUUGCCUGACAAUCUUAUGGUUCUUCACUUCUUCAUUACUAGGAGUUUCCUACCUCGUGACCUCUCUAGCACUGAUAUUCUUAAUACUUCUGAUCUAUGGAUCCUAUCUCAUGCUAGAGCUGGAAAUCAACUCAACUAUGCAUCACUCAUGUUCCAUCACAUGAUUUGCUUUGGGAUGGAAUAUUUUGGAGGUCCCCUGCCCUUUGGACCCCAAAUCACUCGACUUCUGUGUUAUUUACACAUUGAUCUGCAUGAUAAGCUGCAUCAAUGCAAUGUCCUGGAUGAUCUUCAUCCACAGCAUGUGCUUGCUAAGCUUGAUGCUCUUGUUGGGCCCCGUAAGCCUAUCACUGGCUCAGGGGGAGUCAACACUGGUCCUGCACCCUAUGCAUUUACUGGCCCUGCGUCCUAUGCAUCAUGGAAACUAGUUGGAGCACUAGUUGAUUCUGCUGUAACCGUUAUCAAACGUGAAUCUUCUGGUGAAAGGGAGCAGUCUACCAAACUGAAACAACUUAGGCAGGAAGACCUGAUGUGGCCUAAGUUUGUAUAUGAGUCUGGCUCCAUAAAUGAUCCAAUGAGUUCUGACUCAAAGUCUAAUGAGUCUAGUGAUGAUGAGGGUGUGUCUGAGUACGAGUCCCCACCUGAAUAUCCUUUCUAAGAGAUUGUGUAGGGGAGGAUUUGAGAUUGUGUGGGAAGUCUUGUAAUUUUUUUUUUCAAGGUCAUAUGAAUAAAAAUGGUAGGGGUUCUGAAUAACAAAUGGUUGCGAAUUAU